GUUAUUGAAACAGUCAGUGCCGUGGACAAAGACGAGAUGGCUCACAGGCAACACUUCACAUUCAGCCUCGCUCCCGAAGUCGCCCACAACCACAACUUCUCCCUGAAAGACAACCGAGACAGCACAGCCAGUGUUUAUGUGCUGCGUAAAGGAUUCAGCCGUAUCACCCAGGACGUUUACUACCUUCCCAUUGAGAUAAACGACAACGGCUCACCGCCUCUGAGCAGCACCAACACGCUGACCAUCAGAGUGUGCUCCUGUGACAGCAAAGACACCAUCCUCUCCUGCAACGUGGAGCCCUACGUCCUGCCCGCGGGUCUCAGCACCGGGGCACUCAUCGCUAUUCUGGCCUGUAUUGUCAUUCUGCUGGCUAUAGUGGUGUUGUUUGUUGCACUGAGGCGUCAGAAGAAGGAGCCAUUGAUAGUGUUUGAGGAGGAGGACAUCAGGGAGAAUAUCAUCACUUACGAUGACGAGGGAGGCGGCGAGGAGGACACGGAGGCUUUCGACAUCGCUACACUGCAGAACCCAGAUGGUGCUAAUGGUUUCCUGCCAAGGAAGGACAUCAAACCAGAGCUUCAGUAUCCCAUCAGGCCCGGCGUUGGCCACACUGGAGCCAACAGCGUCGACGUCGAUGACUUCAUCAAGACUCGAAUUGCAGAGGCCGACAGCGACCCGACCGCACCCCCCUACGACUCCAUUCAGAUCUACGGCUACGAAGGCAGAGGAUCAUUGGCUGGUUCAUUGAGUUCCCUCGAGUCUGUCACAACAGAGUCUGACUUGGAUUAUGACUAUCUGCAGAGUUGGGGGCCGAGGUUUAAGAGGCUGGCGGAUUUGUACGGGACCAAAGAAGGCUCCAUUAACGAUGCCGAUGACGGUGAAGACUCUUAACAGUGGUCUCACUGAGUGGACGCCCCCCGAUUUCUGAUUUACUGAUUCCAUGAGGAUUUGUUAACUGAGGCUUAACACCUCCCAGUUGUCGGUUGUUACCAACUGAUCCGUUCAUGCCAAUCUGUCAAUGGACGUUAACAGCUCUUCCUUCCCUGGCACCUCCUCGGUCCUCCAAGACGGUUUGUUGACGAACAAAUAAUGAACGCUUGGACUCAAACCUCCCCCCGGUUCCCUCCUUUACCCUCCUAUAUCUCUUUCCUUCUCUCUAUUUCUACAGACUUGAGCAUUGUAGGGCUGGGAGAUUUGUUAUGUCACCAUUUGUCUGUUUGUAAGUAAAUUGCUGGGAGAAAACAAUGUUGCUGUAUGAUCAAAAUUACUUGCUUAUAGCAAAAAUGUUUAUUCGAGUUCCUAGAUACUUUUGUGGACUGGAUUCACCUCCUUCCUCUGAAAGAGAUUUUAGUCCCUUAGCAGGUUCCUGAGUGGUCUCAACAGGUCACAUGGUAGCUCUCUUUGUGAUGUAUGUAAAAGACAUGCUAGAAAAAGAGAGGAAGCGAGAGAUAGAGCAAUUUAAGAGAGAAAGUUAGCGUGGGAUCCAGCAACUGCCUGUUUUUAUGGAAAAGAAACGAAAGGUACCAAUGCGUCGGUAGACUCGAACAAAAUGCUUUCUUUUCAAACGUGUUGUUGUGUGUGCAGAAUUCAGCAGGUACUGUGAUUUCGAUGGCGUGACAGACUCUGGGUUGUUGAUACUUUGAAGAUGCUCGCAGCAUCCUCACAGUAUGGUGGCCUUAUAAUAAAUAAACAACAACUCCAGGGGUAAACACAACAAGAGGAACAAUAGAGACCGCUAGCUUCAGUAGCUACACACAGACAAACGAACACGCGAGGAUCGAGUAUCUAUGAAAAUGCUCCUCACAUACCUGUUUUUUGUACUCCCCAAAAGAGACAAACUAAAACACGGAUUCAAUUUUAAAACUGUGGAUGAUUCUUUGUUUUCAUUCUUCACCGCAGAGAAGACAUGACGCCUCGUCCGCCCGGUCCACCCCGUACACGCCCCCGUGUCCCCUCCCAUCAACAAUCACUUCCCAUUACCGAGUCCACCAAUGAAUGAUCACACGCUCAUUCGGAGUCCACCAAUGAUGAUCAAUCACAAUGAGUAAAAACCUGUGAGCUCUAAAAAUCGCCUUAAACUUAAUGGACACUCUUGCAACGCAGUGCAUUCUCCAUUUUUUUUUCUUCUUUUCCGUUUCUUUUUGUAACUUGAAAAGUAUAUUCAGAAAGCAAACUAUUCUCCAUGUUAGGUAUGUACAGAGCAAUGUGCAGACAUGUGGUAAAUCACUCUGAGGAUCCAACUUGCACCUCGUGCACUCUUAAAGGUUCAGUGUGUGGGAUUCGGUGACAUCUAGUGGUGAAGUUGCAUGUUGCAGCUGAACACCCCUCACCUCACCCUCGCCUUCCAAACAUGACAGAGAACCUGUGGUA